AUGGCAUACUGCGGCCAGAGCCAGAAAGUGCAGACAGUGAUGGUGGAACCCGUCAACCUCAUCUUCAGUUAUUUGCAGAAUAGAACCUGGAUUCAGGUGUGGUUCUAUGAACAAGUGAAUGUGUGGCUAGAAGGCUGUAUCAUUGGUUUGGAUGAGUGUAUGAAUCUUAUAUUAGAUGAUGCAAAGGAAAUUAAUUCUAAAACAAGGUCAAGAAAACAACUGGGUUGGAUUAUGUUAAAAGGAGAUAACAUUACUCUCCUACUAAGUGUCACCAACUAG